GGGUCUGGAGAAGCUAGGGUGGGAUUGAGGGCUGGGCCUGUAAGGUAAAGGCCUGAGGUAAGGGGUUGGCUGGGGGGUGGGUAACUGGCGUUAAAGGUGUGACAAAGAGGUGUCUGGGAGGAGCGGAGGCCCCGGAUGAAGAACGCGGCUGACGCUUAGACCCCGGCGGGGAAGACAACGCAGCCGAAGGCCGGGAGGGGGGAGGCGGGCGGGGGGACUGGGCAAGCAUGAGGCGGAGUUAGGGCCUGAACUGGGGCAAAGCUGAGACUGGAGCUUACGACUGGACAGAGGGUUCCGCCAAGCUGAGGUUCGAGGUUGGACUCCACAAGCAAGAGUCCCGUGGAAGAACCAAGCUGAGAGCGAUGUGGGUCAGGACGACACUGACAAUUGAAAGAUGGACUGAGGAAAAGACUGGCUGCGAAACCCACGCCUGGGACAAAAGCGAGAGCAGCGAUAUAAACAGGUUACCCGGCUGGGAGAGAGGACAUCUGCUGGCUCGUGUAGCAUCCAGCACUGAUGCAUCUACCUUAUCUUCUGAAGGUGAAGGCAAGGAGACUGACAGCUGCUGCUGGAACCACAAGCAGUGUGCUGGGCACAUCAUCCACCCCUUCUCUGACUAUGGGCACCGCAACCUACACGUACAUGCUGUCAGCCACUGCGACUGUGAUUCUAGGCUGAAGGACUGCUCAGAGAAGACAAAUAGCAGCAGCUCCCAAGACACGGGCCCAACCUGCUCCCGUGAUGUGGAGUCAACCGGCUUCAACAUCAUUCAAAACCCUUGCCUUGAGUGCAUCCCAGAGGAAGAAUGUAUGGAACGAUUCUGGUAUGGCUGGUGCAAAAGCUAUAGGCCUGUUUCUGUAGCAGUAAUCCACCAUCCCAUCCACCAUGAAUGUGGGGCAGAUGACCUAAAUGAAGAAGAGGAAGAGGAGGAUCAAAGUAGGCCUCCCAUCCCAACUCAGGUGGGACCCACCACAGCGCCCACUGAACCAUGCACCAGCACAGUCACUGGGACCCCUGACUCAGCAGCGCCCAUCACCAUCUGGCGCUCUGAGAGCCCCACAAGAAAGAACCAGGACAUCAAGGUGAUUAAGAAGAUAAAGAAGAAAAAGGAAAAAGACAAGGAGGAGGAGAUGACAGAUGAGAAGACAAAGCUGAAGAAAAAAGUCAAGAAGGGCAAGUUGACUAAGAAGAAAAGCCCAAUGAAAUCAGAGUCUGCACCUCCAGACUUGAGCCGAACAUUAAGCCCAAGAAUGUUGGCCAGGAUGUCGGAGUCCAGCCCAGAAAGCCCAGAAGACCUGGAGAGUGAGGAUAGUUACAAUGACCGGGGUCAGCAAGAGCCCUCCAGUGACGACAUCGUAGAGUCAUCAUCACCCAGGAAGAGAGAGAAAUGCAUUGCCCAUGUCAAGAAAAACAGGGGAAAGACCUCACCAACCAGGAAAGUGAUCAAGAGGAAAUCUCCCCCAGUGUCCAACCCAAAUCUCAGUUGAGGCCAGGGUGCCCAGGGUGAAGAAUAAAUGCCAUCAAGCCUGACACUGA